AUGGAUGUUAUACUAUACGUUUAUGACCUCUCUAAGGGACUUGCCAGAGAUCUUUCUCGUCCAUUGACAGGCGUGCAGAUAGAUGCAAUAUACCAUACGUCCAUAGUUCUGGACGGGACAGAAUACUUCUUUGGUAGAGGUAUCCAGCAAGCGGCUCCUGGCUCAACUCAUCACGGCCAGCCGAUGGAGACGAUUAACCUGGGACGCACUGACCUACCCUUGGACAUGAUAUCAGAGUACAUGGAGUCAUUGGCUGAGACUUACCAUGAGAGUUCAUACGACCUGUUCCUUCGAAACUGUAACAAUUUCACCCAUGACUUGGCUAUGUUUCUUGUUGGCAAGGGGAUUCCAGAUCACAUCAGAAAUCUCCCGGAGACCUUUCUUAAUACCCCCUUCGGCCAGAUGAUGAAACCUUACAUUGAUGGUAUGCUCCGCGGGGCUACCCAGGGACCUGAUAUUCAGCCUGUGCCUGCAUCCUUACCGGCAAGCGCAGCAGUAACGGAGACCAACGUAGCCCAAAAGCCUUCUAAAGACCAGGUCCGGAAUGCCUCAACGCUUAGGGAGGUCGAAAGUCUACUUGCAUCUGCAAAAUCCUCGUGUGCUGUAAUAUUCUUCACUUCCUCCACCUGUCCUCCCUGCAAAAUAGUAUACCCAACCUAUGACGCACUCGCAGAAGAAGCUGGCAGCAAAGCCGUCCUAAUAAAGGUGGAUAUCAGCCGAGCAUAUGAUGUGUCUUCUCAUUACCAAGUGAGGGCAACUCCAACUUUUAUCACCUAUCUAAGGGGCGAAAAGGAGAAUCAGUGGUCUGGCGCAAAUACAGCAGAACUUCGAGGAAACGUACAGCUGCUUCUACGGAUGGCCUGGCCGCCGCACCCUCACUCCAGCCUCAAACUUCCUAGUUUGGAGCGUCAUAUUGAUCAAUACAUUUCCUACAAGAAGUUUCCCCCCUUAGAUAAACUAUUGUCAAAGGUCGGAGCUGCUGCUGGCGAUGCUAAUAUCGUUGCCUUGGUCAACUUUAUCAAAGCAUCAAAUACCGACCAGUCAAAACCUCCAUUGCCGGACCUCAGCCAACUUACCUUCUUUGUGAAGACAAAGUUCCUCUCUCUUCCGGUAGAAACACAUUUUGCCAUUCUGGAUCUUUUUCGAGUCGCAUUUUCCGACCCGAGAGUUAGCGGAUACUUUGCUGAGGAACACGGCCAUGGAACCAUAUUGACUCUCAUGUCCCGAGCGAAUGAUCUUGCAGACACUCAAUACAACCAGCAGCUUGUUAUGACACAUCUAGCGUGCAACCUGUUUACAUCUCACCUCUACCUAACUCAGCUUUCAAGUCAUGACGCCCUCCGCCACACCUGCAUCAAGCUUGCAACAAAUGCCCUCCUAGACCACCGCAGCAGUCUCAGGGCAACGGGCACAUCUCUUAUCUUCAACCUUGCCGCGGCUAAUCAUAAUAAAAGGCUGCUUGAUCCACCGGAGGCGGAAAGUCUACUAGAAGCUGACCAGUUUGAGCUAGUUGCAUCAGUAGUCGAGGCUAUCCGGGCUGAGAAGGAGAGUCCCGAAACCCUGCACGGCUUGCUUCUAUCACUAGGCCUCCUAGUACACCAUGCACCAGUUGGUGGCGAGGUGGUAGAGCUAUGUAGGGCGCUGGAGGUCGAGUCGAUAAUAUCAGAGAAGAUGGCAGUCGAUGCUUUCAAGAAGGAGAAGGCCCUGUUGCAGGAGAUCGGCAAGGAGCUCAUUGGUAAAGGCCUCAUCCUGAACUAG